UUGACGUGUGUCCAUCGGCGAGAUGUUUAGCAACAAUGCAAUACUCAAGACAAUUUUUACGAUAUCAUUGGGCUUAAUUUGUUUAAUUGGAGACAGAUUGAGUGAUAAUUUGACACAUGCAGUGGCUCGUGCAGUUGUCGACAAUGUGACCCAUGCAUUAAUCGCCGGUGUGUCGUGGGCCCUCUUAACCCUUCUAUUAAACGACGCAAUAAUUAAAAAUUUGAUUGAAAUUGUCUCCUGCACAUUAAUCUCAUCCCUCAUUGAUAUGGAUCAUUUCAUUCAAGCCAGAAGCUGGAAGUUAUCUGACGCAACUCGCUUGAGUAAACGACCAUUCUUACACGCCACAACAGUCCCAAUAAUCCUCUGGACAUUGAUGUUGUUGACUUCGAAAGUAUCGAACAAUGUACGAAUGGAACACUACAGUUGGAUAAUCUUAAUGAGCUUCCUGAGUCAUCACAUUAGAGAUGCCACAAGACGAGGUCUAUGGUUCGCUCCCUUUGGCUCAACCAGACCAAUUCCGUACAAUGUUUACAAUGCUGUAAUAAUACUACUCCCGUACGUUUUCUACUACAUCAUGACCCGUAAAAUAUUCGCCAGGAAAAUACCUGGUUACCCUGUUUACCGAAGAGAAACCGUUGAUUCUAUGUAAAGUCGAUAAUGAGUCAUUA